UAGAUGGAUGUGAAUUCCACCAUUCAGACCUGGAGACUUUGACAUAUCUGGUUUUGUCUCUUGGACCAAAGCCAGAUGUUGCUGGCAGAUUGCUGAGCUUGAAGGAAGGUCUCCCCCAUAGUGUGGCAAUGACACAGUGUAUAACUGGAGUCUGGUACAUUGGUGCAGCGGCUCUAUUGAUUCUGCUGCCAUCUGGAGCAGAGCAAGUGAGAAGUUAUGGUGAGUCUUGUAUCUCUGAUGAUGAAUGUGUGGGUCAUCACAUGUUGUGCAUAGCCAAUGAGACAGAGAGUCAUUGCUAUUGUAACAGGUCCUACAGUUGGUAUGAAGAGCUGAAACAAUGUGUGCGAACGGAAAAUGCCUCUGUAGUGCUGGCGACCUUUCAUGAUCACCAAGACAUCAUCAAACUGAAUUCUCAUUCUGAACACAAGAUGUUCAUCAAAAUCAGUGUUGUUGGUCUGAUCGCUGUUCUCUCAAUAUGCAUAUUUCUCCUUUCCUGCAUUGCAUAUGGCUGCUGCUCUUGUACUCGGAUCAGUAACCAGAAAACAAAUGAGUCUGCUGCAUCAUGUCCAGCAACCUGUCCACUACACAACAUGCCCCUGGUACAGCAACAAGAUAAGCCAGUUGCUGAUACAGGAAAGGCGCAGUGGCAAGAUAUGCAUUGCCCCAUAACUGUAUUGGACGAUAUUGACAUCUGCUAGCAGCACACUUGUGUGAUAUUUUGAAUCUGAUGUUCACUCAGGAUGAGUUUCAUAUUACAGUACUGUAUUUGUAUACAUGCUCUCCAAUAAAUUAAUAUUGUGCAUGUCA